AUGACUCUCAGGAAGCGAACAAACCCUUCGCAUGAAUCAAUACGUGAAGAAAAUCACAAACACGAGGAGGAGAAUGAAGAACUAAAGGAGGAGGUCGCACACAAGCAAAAAGCCCUUGAACAGAAACAGGCGAGCAAUCCAGCCGACUUCCCCGAUUUCCAAACGCAUCUCACGGUGCUCCUCGACCAGUACGAAUUUAGCAUCCCGCAGGCCCUCCAAUUCGAGCUCCCCCUGCUCGAUCUCACUCGUCUGGAGACCGAAUGGCGCAAGUUCCGCAGCAACAUUCCCGAGCCAUGGAAGCUGAAUAAUAAUGGCCUCGAGUUCACUGUCGGCGAGCAAAUAGCUGAGCGAGGGCUCACUGCGAAACACCCUGUUGUGUUGAUUCCCGGAAUCAUCUCCACGGGGCUGGAGUCCUGGUCCACUUCUCCAGAAUACCGCCCUUUCUUCAGGCAGAAGGUCUGGGGCGGGUUCUCCAUGUUAUCCCAAGUCAUGUUCAACAAGGAGAAGUGGAUGGCUACUCUCAUGCUCGAUUCUGUCACUGGCCUUGACCCUCCAGGCGCGAAGGUAAGAGCCGCAGAAGGCAUUGAUGCUGCCAGCAGUUUCAUCCAAGGCUACUGGCUGUGGUCCAAGAUAGUGGAGAAUUUAGCUGUCGUCAAUUACGACACGAACAACCUCCACCUUGCACCAUACGACUGGCGCCUAUCCUACUACAAUCUAGAGGUACGCGACGGCUACUUCUCUAAGCUCAAGGCAACGAUCGAGGGAUUCGUCGCAAGAGAGAAUAAGCGCGUUGUCUUAGUCGCGCACUCCAUGGGUAUACUUGUAAGCGUCAUCCGUUAUCGGGCUUACUGUAGGUGCUUCAAAUGGGUGGAAUCACCUGAACACGGAAAGGGUGGACCUGAUUGGGUUGAGAAAAACGUGGAAGCUCUCGUCGCCAUUGCUGGCACCCAUCUGGUUAAAGCCAUGUCUGCCCUUCUAUCAGGUGAAAUGAAGGACACUGUCCAAAUGAAUCCCGCAGGCGCAUAUGUUCUGGAGCGGUUUUUCUCCCGCAGGGAACGUCAGAACCUGUUCCGCAGUUGGGCCGGUAGUGCAAGUAUGUGGAUGAAGGGCGGAGAAGCGGUGUGGGGCAACGCAACAUUUGCUCCUGAUGACAUCUUCGGGUAUGCGCAAAGUCAUGGCGAGUUAGUUGUAUUUCGACCCUCCGUGGUGGAAACGGAAGGCAAAUACUCGCUGUUGAAGAACAUGACCGCGUCCGAGGCUGGCACGUGGAUUCUGGAGCGUACCCCCACUCAUUUUCAGAAAAUGAUAGCGUCAAACUAUUCCUUCGGCAUUGAAAGAGACGAGCAAGCCUUGGAACGCAACAAUUUGGAUCAUACGAAGUGGACGAAUCCUCUAGAGAUACAACUACCACACGCCCCGACUACCAAGUUUUACUGCGUGUAUGGGCAUGGGAAGGACACUGAGGUGAGUCACAUGUACACUCGAGAAGAGUAUGAAUAUGACGACAUCCAGCCUGACACCGUCGACGCUUCCUGCCUCAACGCUUCCGAAUGCAUCACACCGCGAUCCCCUCUUGACUUACCUUUACUGCGUCGAAGCCAUAUUGAUGCGGAAUACACAGACGAGACAGUAUUCCCGAAAGUGAUCAACGGCGUGAGAAUGGGCGAGGGCGACGGGACUGUGAACCUCCUCAGUCUGGGUGCUAUGUGUGUGGAAGGCUGGAAACGCAAACGGUGGAACCCCUCAGGAAUCAAAGUGGUGACUGUGGAACUGCCGCACAAUCCUGUGUCGACAAUCCCGCGAGGAGGCGGAACCACAAGCGACCACGUGGACAUCCUUGGUUCGACCGCACUGAACGAGAUUAUCUUGAAGGUCGCAACGGGGGCUGGAGACGAGGUACAGGAUUCGUUUGUCUCGCGAAUCCGUGAAUACGCCCAGAGGAUCAAAUGGGACUAG